UCAUCAACAUGUCCGAUGCACCGAGUCUAGAUCUUGACUCAUGAUUCUGAGCCGCCUGAGGACUUAUCCUCUACUUUAGAUCACAUUACUUAAGAAAUGUAUUCUUACAAAUUUAAAAAAUUUAUAUUAUUAUUAUCCUUAUCGUCUUUUAUAUUUGCCUUUCUUAUUGGUAUUUUGGUUUUAUCGUUACUUCUAAAUGAUGGGCCACUGAAUAUCAUCUCCAGUCCUUUAGUUGGAAUAAAAAUGUGCAUAUCGGCAGUGCUUGUCAACUGCCUGUUUAUGUUUGUGCUUACUGUUAUCUAUAGUUCAGAACGUAGCGAGGACAGAUCCUUUUUUCAGCCUUACAGUUUCAUAAAGUCUUGUGGUCUGUUGCUGCUUUCUUCAGUUAUUUUUCACAUCAUAAGCAUAUUGUAUGGGGCUCCAGUUUUAAUAUCUGUGGAGGAAACAUACACAUUUUCGGUUCUGAUGUCUGUGCUAGUUAUCCUGCCAUUGUGUCUUUUCUGUGGUCCUGUCUUUGACAGCUGGUACGAAGUAUUUACAUCCAGUUCCUACCUAGGCAUUGAGACAGUUGUGUAUUAUACCAGCAUCAUGUCCAUUCUUGGCUCCUGGGCUGGGGCAGCAGCUAUUCCUCUUGACUGGGACAGACCCUGGCAGGCUUGGCCAAUAAGUUGCGCUGUUGGUGCUAUCUUUGGUUACUGUUUGGGUCUUCUCUUUGGAGCUGUUCAACUACCAAGAGAACUUUUAAAUAACAAAUGGAAAGUAAUUUGAAACUGUCAAAAUUAAUUUAGAAGAGAUGUUCUCACAAUGCAACUGAUUUUAUAUUGAUGUUUUUUUACAUGAGACCAAUGUUAGAUUUUAUAUUAACUUGAUGCCUGUAUAAAAUGAUGUAUUACACUAGUGAUGUAUUUAGUAUGUUAUAUUAACAUCAUUCACAUAUAUUGCUUUUUCAGUGUAAAUAAAAUUGUUAUCACAAUAUAUAACCAUGUAUUACCCAUAGAUGACAUGUUUUCUUUUUUUUU